UAAAUGUGGGCGGGGUUUCAGACCUUCCCUUAGUGUGAAACCAGAAUAAAGCCUGAGCAUCACUGAACCAGAAAAGCAUUGAAGACACGAGGCGCGACUUGACCAACCCUGAGAAAGGGAUUUUAUUAUUUGUUCUUUUUCUUCUUCAGUAUAUUGACGAUUGUAAUCCAAGAAAGCAGUGAAGAUGUCGAACGAAGCUGAGGUCGACAUGAAGGACGUGGAGCUGAAUGACGUGGACCCGGAAAGGCAGCCCAUGACCACCGGAAACGGUGAUGCCAACUCAGCUGUGGCAGUAAAAAACGGCAUCGUGAAGAUCAAGAUUCCUGAUGAGAAGGAAUCCAAAUUCACUGGACUGUCCAAGGAGGAGCUGUUAAAAGUUGCCGGAACUCCCGGGUGGGUGCGAGCCCGAUGGGCGCUCCUCAUUCUCUUCUGGCUCGGCUGGAUUGGCAUGCUCGCCGGCGCCAUUGCCAUCAUCGUACAGGCGCCUCGGUGCAAGCCGCUUCCUGAGAUGAACUGGUGGGAUUCCGGGCCCCUGUACCAGAUUGGAGAUGUUAACGCAUUCGCAGGGUCUUCUGGCCUUAAAGAUUUGGAGGCGAAGGUUGGUGCUUUGGGACAGCUGAAGGUGAAGGGUCUGAUUGUAGGUCCCAUUCAUGUGUCCACUGCUGAUCAGUCUGAUGACCUGAAUUUGACGGAGAUCACCCCUUCUGCUGGCAGCCUGAAUGAUCUGGAGUCACUUAUUGCAGCAGCACACAAGAAGAGUAUCUCCGUGGUUUUGGAUCUGACUCCGAACUACAAAGGAUCUGAGCCAUGGUUCUCCAACACUUUAGUGACAAAUGUGGCAGAAAAAGUCAAGGUUGCCACUGAUUUCUGGUUGAAGAAAGGUGUGGAUGGUAUUCUGCUGUAUGGUGUUGAGCGUGUCGCCACUGUUGUACCAUCGGUUUGGGCUGGCAUAAGGGAGACUGUCAGUAAUCACUCUGAAGAGGAGAAGAAAAAGGUCUUAAUUGGAGUUACCCUGGCUGAAUCUCCUGAUGAGGUGAACAACCUUUUGAAUCGAACUGGUGUGGAUUUGCUCCUUUCUGACGUCCUGAGACACAAAUCUGGCGCAGCGGUUGGUCAGGUUGUGCAGAAUCUCUACUCCCAGAAUGGCACCCGACUGGCUUGGAACUUGGGUCACCGUGUCAGGGGACACCUGGCCAGCAUAGCAGAUUUUAUGACUGUAAAGUUAUACCAGCUGCUGCUGUUUACCUUGCCUGGUACUCCCAUCUUCAACUAUGGUGAUGAAAUUGGACUAAAGGAUGAGAAUACAUCAUAUCCAGUGAUGAUAUGGGACUCGUCAAGCACAAAUGAGACCGAGAAGUCUGAGGUAGAACAGAGGAACUCUCUGCGCACAUUCUUCAAGGCUGUGAGUGAACUGAGAGGGAAGGAGCGCUCCCUUCUGCAUGGAGAUUAUGUGCCUCUGUACAAGAGCACCAGUGCUCUUGCAUACUUGCGCUCAUGGGACCAGAGUGAACGCUACGUAGCUGCAUUUAACUGGUCUCCUAAUGAUCGAGCCACUCUGCAGCUGAGCCACGAAAUGCUUCCCAAGGAAGCCAAGGUCGUAGUUAGUACUAAUGAAGAAAAAUUGGCCCCUGACCAAUUGAUUAAUUUGGACCAGUUAGAGCUGGAGCCACAACAGGCCGUUAUGCUUAAAUUCCCUUAUGCUGCAUAAAUAGCAGCUGUCCUACAUGUGUACACUAAAACAUGUGGUUGUUGGGUAUUGUUACAUUUGAUGAAAUAUUGUUACUGUCAUUGUGCUAAUGUAUUUCUAGUUUACUCCCCAAUUCUGCACAUUAGUGAUAUGUAAGUGUGCAUAAAUCAAAGCCCUACAGGUCAAGACCAAUGGUUUUAUGGUUUUUUUCCACUGCAACAUUUUAUUUUAUCCUUAUUUAAAAAAAACAUUCCAAGUUUCAGCAUAUUUAAAUGUUUUAGUGGUUGUAAUGCAAUUUUGGGAUUGUGCAAAAUGUUACUGAGUUUGAUGUGAUGGUGUUGGCAAACCUUGAAACCCUGUGCAAAAAUAGCAUUUAAAAAUAAAAAUAGAACAGUACUCAUCA